GUAGAACAAUGUCACUAAUUGAGCAAGUUCAAACUAAUCUUGUUCACUAUAAUCUCUGGACUAAUGUGAGACAAAGAACACCAGAAAUUUUGACUGGAUUCCCACCAGCAAAAUUAAUCCAAGACGAUCCUGAAAGUCUUGAAGAAUGGGUUAUCCCAAAACUAAUGGCUGAUAAAAAUAUGCCAUUGACUGAAAUUGAAUCUUGGUUUAAAUCUAUUACUAAUAUUUCUCAUCGUCCUAAAAGAAUAACCGUCGGUCUUGUUAAUGAUGAUUCUACCGUAGUAUACUAUUUCAUUCAUGAUGGAAUGGUUAAGCCUCGUAAAAACUAAGCAUCAAUAUAAUCUUAUUAGGUUAUUGGUUACUUAUGCUAU